UUACUGGCGCCAAUUCGCCAUCCACCUGUGUCGUGAUACCUUACUUUACUAGUGAUUUACUAAUGGAUAUCAUGUACUCCUGCAUACUAUAAUCUACCCCAUACCGUCUCAGCAACAUGUUCGUUGGCGUUGGUUGGUGUCAGUUCGUGUCGUCGUUGGUGCCGCUCAGUCCGGUCAACCCGUUCAAUCCAAACCCACAAGCCUCAUAAUAUUCCAAGACAAACUCCCCCUCCACCCCCUCAGCCUCGCACCUCAAUCCACAUCGCACGCACGCGUUCAAUCAAGGAUCAACACAGCACAGCACAGCACCUCCCAUCACAAUGCUCAACGCCAACGUAGUCCUCCUCGGCCUCGCCGUAGGCGUCGCACAGGUCAACGGCCACUUCAACCUCAACUACCCCACCACCCUCGGCUUCAACGACGACACGGAAGGCACCGGUCCCUGCGGCGGCUUCGAGCCCUCCCUCGUCAAGACCACCGACUUCCACAUCGGCGGCGACUUCAUCGCUGUCAAGACCACCCACCCAAAGUCCAAUUGGUACUUCCGCGCCACCACCAACGCAACGGCCGGCGGCGGAUGGGUCAACAUCCUUCCUGAGAUCGAGCAGACUGGCCUCGGUGCCUACUGCGAGCAGAACCUCAAGCUGCCAGACUCGUUUGCUGGACAGAAGGGAUUCGUUCAGGCUGUUCAGCAUGCCGCUGAUGGCGACCUCUUUCAGUGUGCUCCCGUCAACUUCGUAACGGGCGUCGCUGCCUCCAUCCCAUCAGCGUGCACAAACGCAACUGGUCUCACUGCCACCGUCGUGGGCGGCGCUGCCUCCUCCGGCGCCUCCACCACUGGCUCCUCACCAUCGUCUACCGGCGGAAGCGAGGCAUCAUCUACCAGCGGAAGCGAGGCAUCAUCUACCAGCGGAAGCGACGCAUCGAAGACUUCGAGUGCCGCGGCGGAGACGUCGACGGGUGCUGCGUCGGCGAUUGGGGGUGAGGUGUUUGGUGCAUUCGGUGCUGCUGCCAUGUCUCUUGCGGCGCUGUUUGCAAUGGUCCUAUAAUACCCUAUUUGAUAUGGAGUUUGAGAGCAGAUGGGGCUUUUUUUGUAACUAAAAGAAUAAUGAAUCGAUGAAAUAUUUGAAAUAUGUCCUGG